AUGAUAAGCGCGAACGAGGCACGGUCGCUCUCCGACAUGAGGCGCGUUGCACUUGCCAGUGCUGCCCUGGCCUUCUGUCUGCCCGCCAAAUGGGUGGCAGGUGCCUCUGCUGCUGUGGCAUGCCUCACGGCUGCGACUGGCCGGCGCCUCGGCGCGUCAGCUCCGCUCGGCGUGGUAGCGAUCGUGGCCAGCGCAACUCGCCUGGACUCAACGCUCAGCCAGGAGCUUCCGCACGCGCUGGCGCGAGUCAUGGCGCAUGCAACGCGUAGCAAUGCUCGCCUCGCCUCGCGCAAAUGCGACCGUCCUCGCCUCGCAGCCGAGAGGGGCAAAGAUGAAAAAAAGUCCAACACAGAAACCAUCGAGGAUAAAAAGGGUCGCUUCUCAUCGCAAACCCUGUCAGCAGAGUCCUCCUACGGGAAUGUACGUUAG